CUGAAUGCGCCCGUGGCGAAGCACCGAUUUAUCAGACACUCCGUUACGCGCCGCUGCCGCCACAAACACCGGUGCGCGGCUUCUCAAAGGUGCGACGUCGAUCUCUCGCCUCUUUGCGAAUGCAAUGUCGGACGUGUGCUGGUUUACUUACGCUCUCCCUUACGGCGGAAGAAUGGUAUAUAAGAACGCCAGGUACUGCAUAACUGGCAGCUAUUCAGUGACUGACUACUCAACCUAUAGGCUCCGUUCAUAACUCCGAGUCAAACUCAGGCCAGUAUGAAGACAACGACUCUCCUACUGUUGACAGUAGCUCUCGCCGUAUCGUCCGUGAACGCGGGCUACCACUACGGCGGCUAUGGCGGCGGAGGCUAUGGCGGAGGAGGUUACGGCGGCGGCGGCGGCGGCGGCGGCGGGUACGGUCGCGGUCAUGGCGGAUAUGGCAAGGUCAUCGUCAUUCACGGUCACGGUGGAUACGGCGGUGGUGGCUACGGCGGCGGAUACGGAGGCGGAUAUGGUGGUGGUUACGGUGGGCACGGGUGGUGGUAGACGAGCCACGCCCAGAUGACUGCUCUCUGAUUUGUGGAAGGCUGCAGUACCGAGAUUCCG